CCUGCAUAAUGAUAAUUAUUAUUAGUAGGAUUCGGCCUUUUAUCGUUAAAAUGAUGUCAUAAGUUCUAGUACAUCUAAUAGUAGAGUUGCUGUUGUGAGUCUACACAAAACACAGAGCCAGUUUGAUUAAAGUUUGUAGAUCUUAAAUAAUAAUGUUGGUUUUUGUUCACAAUCUUCAUAGAAGUCAUGCCAUGAGAAAUGAAUCAGGCGGACAUUAUCGUUAUCAACUGCCACUUAGUGGUGAGGGACACCAUGUUGGAGUUGCCGAGGCUUACUGGAGCUCUUCGGGCCUUUGGUAGCGUGACAUCUCAAGACGACACAGAGGGGUCAACUGUCUUCCAUAAUGACCUUGUCUUGCGGAAAUCCCUGGCCUUGCAAAAGCAGAAAGAGAAAAGUCUGUCUUGGAAAGACUUGAAUUCAUUUUUCAGAACUCACUCCAAUGUGAGUCCCAAUGAACUGGCCACCACAGUGAAGCAGCUGAUUGCAACAGCGAAGAGUAUUGUUGGAUCCGAGGAGUCUGCGGACACAGUGGAGUGUGGCGCGGCUUUUCUGUUUGAGGUGUUCAAGUCUGUGGAGACGGUCGGUCAGAGAGAGGCCACCCAACUGAGAGGCACGUUCGGCCCCUACCCGGCCAGCGCUGCCACCAAAGCGUGUCAGAUUGUGAAGAAGAUCGUAGGCUGGCUACCUGAGGAAGCUGUGGCUGAAUUGUCCUCAGAAAGAGAAGAGGGAGAUGGGGCAGCUACCCUUGAAGAAUUUGGUCUCUCGAUCAAAUUCACUAUGCCUUAUGAUAUAGAUUCUGUCGAUGAAGAUGAAGAAGAGCUCUCUAGUGAGGAAGAGGAAGACUCUCAGAGCAGCAAAGAUUUUGACCUGCGGUACAGUACCCAUGCCCAACUCCACACAGACCAGCAGUCAAAUACAGGUGCCAGGUCAAGGUCGUCGGAGUUUGACACAAGCUGGAUGCUGUCGAUGCUGGCCAAGUACUUUGACGGCACCGACACGGGUGUGUGCAUGGGCCUUGAGGAACUCUCUGAUACCGUCUUUGAUGUGAUUGCUUCCCAACGCUCUGACAAUGAACUGCAAAAUGAGCUGUUUGACCUGCUAGGCUUUGACAGGUUUGAGCUGAUCCAGCAAAUCCUCAGCAACCGUGACAAGCUGCUCAAGGCCAAGGUCUCGGAAUCCACACGUGCCCUUAUGCAGCAAGCUCCUAAAAAUAAGGAACCUUCUCGUCCUGCAUAUGGCUGUCAAGUGGUUGUGCAGAGUGUUGAGGAGAAGUACCUAGCCAAGCAGAUACGCAAGGAAGAAAAGCGGACACGAAAGGACGGAAGAUUCACCGAUGAGGAUAUGGAGAUUGCUGGAGCUCUUGACAUGUCUCCGGAGGAGCUCAGAGCCAGCAGGGAGGCGGCUCUGCGUGCGGCAGCUUCCGCUCCUCUCUUCUCCGGACGGUCUGCCAGCUACGUGCGCCAGGAGAGGUAUCCCUUCGUGUUUGACAAGCUGGCGGAGGCUAGGCAGUCAUCCGCGUUUGUCGGAGGGGCAAAGUUGGCCCUCCCGGAGAGUUUCACUCGCAAAGACGAGAAGCUGUAUGAAGAGGUGAACAUCCCACCGAGUGACGCGGCCCCAGUGAACAUUGGCAAGGAGAGGGUGUCCAUCUCUUCUCUUGACGAGAUCGGACAACUGGCUUUCAAGAACACGACUGCCCUCAACCGCAUCCAAUCGGUGGUGUUCGACUCGGCCUACAAGACAAACGAGAACCUGCUGAUCUGUGCGCCCACCGGCGCUGGCAAGACCAAUGUGGCAAUGUUGACCAUCCUGCACCAGUUACGCCAGCACAUGUCGCAAGGAGUCAUCAAAAAGGACGAGUUUAAGAUUGUGUACGUAGCUCCCAUGAAGGCUCUGGCUGCUGAGAUGGUUCGGAACUUCGGGGGUCGCCUGGAACCUCUGGGUAUCUCGGUUCGUGAACUGACGGGAGACAUGAGCCUCAGCAAGCAAGAGAUCCUCAAAACUCAGAUGCUCGUGACGACCCCGGAGAAGUGGGACGUUGUGACCCGUAAGAGCACCGGGGAUGUAGCCCUGGCUCAGCUGGUGCGUCUGCUCAUCAUUGACGAGGUUCACCUGCUGCACGACGACCGAGGUCCGGUCAUCGAGACUCUCGUGGCUCGAACCAAGAGACAGGUGGAGAGUACUCAGAGCAUGAUCCGUAUCGUUGGCCUCUCCGCCACACUUCCCAACUACCUGGACGUGGCCAUGUUCCUCAACGUGAACCCCUACACCGGCCUCUUCUUCUUUGACGGACGCUUCAGGCCCGUGCCUCUGGAGCAGACCUUUAUCGGCAUCAAAGCUGUGAACAAGAUGAAUCAGAUCAGAGACUUCAACAUGGUGUGCUACGAGAAAGUGAGCAAGCAAGUGAGGGCAGGAUAUCAGGUGAUGGUGUUUGUUCAUGCCCGGAACGAGACGGUGCGCACCGCCUUCAACCUGAUAGAGCUGGCCAGGAACAAAGGGGAGAUCACCCUCUUCUCACCAGAGCAGAACCGGGGAUUCGGAGAUGCUCAGAAAACUGUGCUUCGGAGCAGGAACAAGCAGCUUCGUGAGAUGUUUGCCGAUGGGUUCGGGAUCCACCACGCGGGGAUGCUGCGACAAGACAGGAACCUGGUGGAGCGUUACUUCGCCGAGGGUCACGUCAAGGUGCUUGUGUGUACCGCCACGCUGGCCUGGGGAGUGAACCUGCCCGCCCACGCGGUCAUCAUCAAGGGCACACAAAUCUACGACGCCAAAAGGGGUCAGUUUGUGGACCUGGGCAUCUUGGACGUGAUGCAGAUCUUUGGCCGUGCCGGUCGGCCGCAGUUCGACAAGUUUGGCCACGGGACCAUCUUGACCACCCAUGACAAACUGAGCCACUAUCUCAGCCUGAUGACCCGGCAGAACCCCAUCGAGAGUCAGUUCAUCAACAGUCUCACCGACAACCUCAAUGCCGAGAUUUCUCUGGGCACAGUGACCAACGUGGAGGAGGCGGUGAAGUGGAUGAGCUACACCUACCUCCACGUCCGCAUGAGGAAAAACCCACUGGUCUACGGCGUUCCCAACUCCUUCAGAGAGGAAGACCCCCAGCUGGAAGGUCACAGGACGGCCCUGGUGUUUGAGGCGGCCCGGAGACUGGACAAGGCCAAGAUGAUCCGCUUUGAGGAGCACACCGGAUACAUGUUCUCCACGGAUAUGGGUCGCAUUGCCAGCAACUUCUACAUCAAGUACGACACGGUGGAGGUGAUCAACGAGAUGCUGCGUGCGGCCAUGACGGAGGGCGAUAUCCUCAACCUGGUGUCCAACGCUCAGGAGUUCCAGCAGAUUAAGGUGCGUGACGACGAGAUGGAUGAGCUUGACCGGCUGACCAGCGACGGCUGUGAGAUGAUGGUCAAGGGGGGGAAGGAGAACACUCACGGCAAGGUCAACAUCCUGCUGCAGUCGUACGUGUCCAGGGCCAGCGUCGACUCCUUUUCCCUCAUCUCCGACAUGGCCUACGUCGCUCAGAAUGCGGCACGUAUCAUGCGGGCUCUGUUUGAGAUCGCGCUGCGUAACAGCCACCCUCUCCUGGCGGUCAAGCUACUGGAGAUGUGCAAGAUGGUGGACAAGCGGCUCUGGACGUUCGAGAACCCCAUGCGUCAGUUCAGCGUGCUCAGCCACGAGAUUCUCAACAAACUGGAGGCUCGCCGCUUGCUGCCGGAGAAACUGAGAGACAUGGAUUCCAAGGAGAUUGGCCUGAUGGUGAACCACGUGAAGAUGGGCUCCCUCAUCAAGAAGUGCGUCCACCAACUGCCCCAGCUGGCCAUCGAGGCGUCUGUCCAGCCAAUCACACGCACCGUGCUCAGGGUCAGGCUGGAGGUCACUCCGGAUUUCUCCUGGGACGACAAGGUGCAUGGCAGCUCUGCAGAGCCUUUCUGGAUCUGGGUAGAGGACCCUGAGAACAACCACAUCUACCACUCGGAGUACUUCCUGCUGCAUAAAAAACAGGUGGUGGCCUAUGAGACUCAGACUAUUGUGUUCACCAUCCCGAUCUUCGAACCCCUGCCGUCGCAGUACUACGUGAAGGUGGUCUCUGACCGUUGGAUCGGCUCCAGCAUGACCCACCCCAUGUCCUUCCAGCAUCUCAUCUUGCCCGAGAGGCAUCCCCCUCACACAGAUUUGCUGAACCUUCAGCCUUUACCCGUCACUGCCCUGAAGGAUAUGAGGUUCGAGGCUUUGUACAGCUUUUCACACUUCAACCCCAUACAGACCCAGAUUUUUCACACCUUGUACCACAACGACUGCAACGUCCUACUUGGCGCCCCUACUGGUUCGGGAAAAACUGUGGCUGCGGAACUGGCCAUCUUCAGGGUGUUUCGGGAGUACCCAAAGUUCAAGGCUGUGUACAUCGCGCCUCUGAAGGCUCUGGUCAGGGAGCGGAUGGAAGACUGGAAGGUCAGGAUUGAACAGAAACUGGGCAAGAAAGUGGUGGAGCUGACCGGGGACGUGACCCCUGACAUGAAGGCGGUGGCCAAUGCCGACCUCAUCGUGACCACCCCGGAGAAGUGGGACGGCGUCAGUCGUAGCUGGCAGACUAGGUCCUAUGUCAAGGCCGUCGCCCUGCUGGUCAUUGACGAGAUUCAUCUGCUCGGGGACGACCGUGGUCCGGUACUGGAGGUGAUCGUGUCGCGUACAAACUUCAUCUCCUCCCACACCUCCAAGCCUGUGCGCGUUGUGGGUCUCUCCACUGCCCUGGCCAACGCCCGGGACUUGGCUGAUUGGCUCGCCAUCAAAGAGAUGGGUUUGUUCAACUUCCGUCCCUCGGUGCGGCCGGUUCCCCUGGAGGUUCACGUGAAGGGGUUCCCCGGCCAGCACUACUGCCCACGUAUGGCCACCAUGAACAAGCCUACCUUCCAGGCCAUCAAAACCCACUCCCCGCACAAGCCCGUCCUUGUGUUUGUGUCGUCACGGCGACAGACGAGGCUCACGGCCUUGGACCUCAUCGCGUUCUUAGCCGCGGAAGACCACCCGAAGCAGUGGCUCAACAUGCCAGAGGCAGAUAUUGAGCAGAUCUGUGGCGGGGUCAAAGAGCAGAACCUGAAGCUGACCUUGGCCUUUGGUAUCGGCAUCCAUCACGCCGGUCUGACGGAGAGAGACAGGAAGGUCGUUGAAGAACUCUUUGUCAACCAGAAGAUACAGGUGUUGAUCGCCACCAGCACACUCGCCUGGGGCGUGAACUUCCCGGCCCAUCUGGUGGUGGUCAAAGGUACCGAGUACUUUGACGGGAAAAGUCGCAGAUAUGUGGACUUUCCCAUCACAGACGUGCUACAGAUGAUGGGUCGCGCGGGCCGGCCUCAGUUUGACGACCAGGGCGUGGCCAUGAUCCUAGUACAUGACGUCAAGAAACAUUUCUACAAGAAGUUUUUGUACGAGCCUUUUCCCGUGGAGUCCAA